GCAGACUGCUGGAUAUCUGCUGGAAACCACAGCUUCAGCUCCACGAUAUAGCCCUCCCUCAUCACUAUCUGAGUGAAGAAGAUCUAUGUAACCAGCAGAGGAACACCAGUGUGGUACACGAGGAUGCAGAACCUCCACAGAUGAAAGAGGAACCAGAACUUCCAGAGAUUAAAAAAGAAUGUGAAGAAACAGAACCACCAGAGAUUAAAGAGGAACAAGAAGAACCAGAACCUCCACAGUUUGAAAUAGAACAAGAAGAACCAGAACCACCGGAGAUUAAAGAGGAAUGUGAGGAACCAGAACCCCCAGAGAUUAAAGAGGAAUGUGAGGAACCAGAACCCCCAGAGAUUAAAGAGGAAUGUGAGGAACCAGAACCCCCAGAGAUUAAAGAUGAACAAGGAGAGCCAGAACCUCCACAGAUUAAAGAAGAACAUGAAGGUCUUUGCAUCAUUCAGGAUCUGAAGCAGGAGACUGAAACCUUGAUGGAGAUUCUAACUUAUAAAGAAGUCCUCCCCCAUCACUGGGUGAUUGAAGAGGAGGAUCUCUGCAACCAGCAGAGGAACUUAAGUGUGGAACAGGAGGAUCAACGGAUUAAAGAGGAAGUGCAGGGACUAGAACCUCCACAUGUUAAAGAGGAAGAAAAGGAACUCUGCGUCAGUCAAGAUAAAGAGGAGUUUGAUCUGAAGCAGGAAACACCUAGUUAUGAGGAAAAUUAUCACAGUGAAGCAGAUGUCAACAAUCAGCAGAGUUUUAAUCUAACUGGUAGUCCGGAUGAUGAAGGAAUCCAGCAUAAAGAAUCAACAUCCUCUACACCUCAAGAGACAGACCAACAAAACAGGAAGGAAAGAGACAAAAGUCAUGUCCACAAUGCGGUCAGCUCUCAAGUUUCAAAAAGUCUGUGUAACUCUGAUGUUGGUAAAAAAUCAAAGACGAAAACUUUGGUUAAGAAACACAAACAAUCUCCAAAAGAAAGGAAAAAUUCUGUUUUGAAGUCUAGGGAAAGCUCAAGAAAAGUUAGUUCUCGUGUUGACAAAGUCGUUACUGAGUCUGUUGAAAGACCUUAUAUCUGUAAGGAAUGCGAUAAACGUUUUAGUCAAUUACCUAUUUUAAAAAAACACUUGAGAAAUCAUGCAAAAGAUAAGUCUUUCUCUUGUAAGAGAUGUGACAAAAGUUUUAAGCAUUUAUUUGAUUUCAACAGACACAUGAGAACUCACACAGGAGAGAAGCCUUUUAUUUGUAAAGAAUGUAAUACAGGUUUUAUUCAAAUGUCUGAUCUCAAGAGACACAUGAGACAUCACACAGGCGAGAAACCUUUUCCUUGUAAGGAAUGUCAAAAAAGUUUUUUCCAACCAUCUGAUCUCCAAAGACACAUGAGAAUUCACACAGGAGAGAAGCCUUAUUGUUGUAAAAAAUGUGACAGACGUUUUAGUCACAUAUCUCAUAUCAAAGCACACGAGAAAACUCAUUCAGGAGAGAAACCAUUCGCUUGUAAAGAAUGUGACAAAACAUUUUGUCUUCCUUCCUAUCUCAAGAGACACAUGAGAUCCCAUACAGGAGAGAGGCCUUUUUCUUGUAAACAAUGCGACAAACGUUUUAGUCGUUUAUGUCAUGUCACAAGACACAUGAGAACUCACAGGUGAGUGAAGUCUUUGAGUGAAGUCUUUAUCUUUGUAAGGGUUUAGGAAAACUUACAGCAGAGAAGUUGUGCGGCAAAAGACAUUAUGAGUUUGUAUAUAAUGGGAGAAAGAUGCAUUUUUUCUUUCAUGAUCAAAAAACUAGAGUUUUAUACAAAACUGUUGCAUUAGGAUUUAAACAUUUUAAGCAAAGCUAAGUGGGUAAUUGGGAGAAUUCUCUCUAAGGGUCAAGGAAAAUAAUCACUGUUGAACAUGAAUUAAUCUUUGCAGCAGUGUUUUCUCUGAAUCCGCCUGAGCUUUAAAGAAAUGGCACGGUCAGUUUGGAACUACAACUUGACACAGACACCCCUUUUCAUUUCUCACAGUUGGUUGAGUCCACCGCACGGAGUCUCUACCAAAAAGUCAAAACCGGGCGGAGACGAUACUUUUUUAUGAAUCCAACGGGGGGGGGGAGAAAAGCAAGCCAGAUGGAUGUUUGGCAAAUAAAAAUGGGUAGGAAAAACUACUGGCUUAGAUGCAGACAGUACGGGCGGCUGCCUGGGGCAGCAAUUCAAAGGGGGCACCAGCUCAGCACUUCAUGAUGUCAGCACUUCAUGGUGGGAAAAAAAUAUAUAUGCCCCUACUGGUUUUCUAUUAUCUGUGAUGUCAUGGUGUUUGUUACUGUCUAAAACCAUUGAAUUGGGGACUGAGCGCCCCAGUCAGCUGAGAAGGCGCCGGAAAGAUGUGUAAAGAAAAAGGGGGCAGGUGAAGGGAAUCAGUUCAACUACGGGUCUCUCCCAAAUUAUGAGGGUGGGGCGGAAUCAACUUCAUACAUUUUAUUUUAGUUAGUCACAUUCUAUAGCCCACGUUUCCAUACAGGUACUGUAUAUACGACUCAUGCAUUUUUUGUUAAUGUUUGUGUGAAAUGGCUACAUAAAAUUAGGGAACUCAAAACAAUGAGGUCACCAAAGAUGGCACUUUUGGUGAGGAACCUUAUAAAUGCCAGAAAAAUGUACAGAAAAAGGUCAAAGCCAUCUGGUCCUUAAUUAAAGAAAAUGAAGAAAAGGGUAUGUCCUCAUUGUGAGAUAUGCACGUUUUUCAGUGUUAUCUGCAAAAAUGAUUUUUCAUUAUUAUAAUUUUUUGGGGGCAGUGACGAUAAUUGAAGUGGACUUACUGUAAUUGUUGCAACUGAAGUCAUUGUUUAUUUUUAAGCUUGUAUUCUAAAACUUUCACUAUACCUUACUUGCAUUGCCAGCUGUAUGUAAUGUCAGUGAAAAAGCCCUAGCAAAUGUCAUAAUUCAUGUGUCUGCUGUAACACUAAGGUUUUAUUUAAUUUACUGUUCACUCUCAGGACAGGUACUGAGGUGGUACAGAAAGCUCAGGUGAACCAGGCAUGGAACUAGAAAGCAGAACCUGCUGUUCUUGUAGAAACUGUUAUGUGUUCAUCAAAUAUUAACGUCUUUGGAAAUGCCUACCUAGUUAAUGGGCUGACAUACACAUUCUCUUUGAGCCUUUUGUUCUCCCAAAGUUUCAUGUCAGAGAACCGUCUCCAUUCUGAAGUUCAUUAAAAACGGGUCAUGGAGCACUUGAAUGCCUUUAUGCUCAUGUCAACAGAAAAAUUAUUUCAUUUGUCCACCGAUUGUGACAAUAAGGUUGCAUAAAUUAGUUCUCUUAUUAGGUGGUGACUUAAGAAAAAUAUUUAUGGUAUACCAAAUGUCUUUACUAUAAACAUUGUUUGUCAUAAUUUGUUAUUAUGUUUUUUUUUUUCUUUACCUCCGAACUGUAAUAAAACAUUUACAUUAUAUUGUAAUUUCUUGCCAUUUUUUUAUGUAGCAAAAAGUGGAUCAGUCUUGGCUAUUAAACUCUGUCUGAAGUCUGACGUGUUCUGAAAACAUCCUUUUAUCGUUUUCAAAGACAGUUUUUUCUGUUUUAAUCAUAUACAAGUCACAAAUAUUAUAAUGUUUAAAAAAUAAUUGAUACAUUUCACACUGCAUGUUAUGAUUCUAUUCAUUGUGUUUCAUUUUAUGAACUGAUUGACCAAAAUGUUAAUUUUUUUCAUAAAAUACAUUUGAUGUACCUGUAAAUAGAAUUGUUUUAAUUUAUUAAAUUGUGAACAACUUCAUUGGGAUAUACUUUAAGCGGAUGCACUGUGUAUGUUGUCUAGUUAUGUGAUUUUAUGAUAAUAUGAGAAAUAUUUUCUCUACAUCUUUAAUUCUAACUCUUUUAUGUCCUUUGUGAAAAUAUUUUAAAAAUGAAUAAUGCUGCAGUUUAUAGUUUCUUUGGUCAUGUGAGGAGCGAAUUUCUUUGUGAUUAAAUUAUUUUUCUAAAAUGUGUUGAAGAAGAUAAAGAAACAUACUGGUAUUUCUGUCUGGUUUUCAUGCGAUUUGUGUUUUGUAUCAGAGAUUAGAAGUGUUUCUCUGUUCUUUUUAGUCGUCAGUGUUCUGUUCCAAUCUUUCCUGUGAAGAAUAAAGUGGACGUGAACAUCA